AUGUUUGAGAUUAUCAUACUUUGUCAUCUAAUCUUAUCAAUUGUUGCACAGGAUAUAUCAGUAUUAUAUCAUAACCUUAACACGGACGUAAUAUUAGAAAAUAAUAAAUGGAAAGAUGAAUGCAGUCAAAAUGCAUUAAAACAAUUGCCAUCACAAUGUUCACAAGGAAUUGAAACGUUAUCACCAUCACAACAAAAGGAAAUAGCAUUAGAAUUAUCAAUCUGUGAAUUUGAAAAUGCUGGUAUAGAUUAUCCAUUAAAUUGUAAUGAACAAAUCAGAAAAUUAAGUAUUGAUCAAUGUAUAAAAAGUUUGGAAAACUCCCCUCAAUUUUGGACAACUUAUAGUGGAAAUUACAGAAACAUAAAAGAUAUUUGUCAUCAAAUUAGUUUACCCUUUGAAAAAGAUCAAAUUUUGGAGGUUUAUAGAAACAUCACCAACGUUUAUCAAAAUGUCAUGGAUGAUUUACAAAAAUCACAUCAAUACAAUAAGGAUAUUCAAGAUCAUAUUGAAAAAAAAUUUGAUAAGAUUUUUAAAGUAGUUGAUCAAGUGAUGAAGGACAAAGAAAAAGAAAAAUCAGAAAUGAAUAAAACCUAUAAUAUCUUUCAUGAAAAUUUUGAAUUAUCCAUGAAGAAGGCAUUAGUAGUUAUUGGCAAUUCUUAUGAUGGUGUUAAUACAAACAUUAAUGAAAUGAGUGCUCAUUUAAAUUAUUUUUCAAAUGAGUUAUUAAAUGUUUAUAAAUUAAUCCAACAAGAAAGAGAAGAACUAGAACUACAACAGUUUUCAAUCAUAAAUAAUAAUAAACAAAUACUAAAUCAACAAGAGUCAGUGAUGGAUCAAAUCUCAGCCAUUAAGAAAGAAACAAAAGAUUUGCAAGACUCAUCCAAUAAUUUAGGUAAUACUAUUAACAGCCUGCUUCUGUUUUCAUCAUUUCAGUUAAAUGCUUUCAACUCAUUAUUACUGCAAAAUAUUGAUGAUUUACAAUCACAAAAGUUAAUAAUCAAAGAUCAUUCAAUGCAUGUCAUUAAUGACAUAUCACAACUCUUAAUAGAAUAUUUGAACAAUUCAAGUCAGACAAUAUUGGAUUCAUUUGAAUUAGCUUUACAAGACAGUCUACAUAAUUUAGAUACCAAAAUUAUGAAUACUGAAAAAUCAAUAGCUUUAGUUAAUGGAAGAAUUGAAGCAUUUUUAGGUAUAAUCUCCAGUUCAACAAAGUUUUUAACGUCAAUACCUCAAAGAGUGCUCAGAUUUGUUCCCAUAUUCAGUGUAUUUGGUAUUUUGCUCAAAAUAUUACUAGUUUUAGUUGUAUAUUGGAUUAUGUUACUGCUCAAACCAUUUUGGAAAGUACUUAAACUAAUAAUUAGAGGUAGUUCAACUUUAGUUUUACCACUGUUAAUUGGUGUUGUUGCUGCUACAAUUAGUUUAAAACUAAUAUAUUCAUUGAGGGUUAUAAAUAGUAUUGAAUAG